AUGAAGAAAGAAUUUAGUUCAAGAAUACAACUGAAUAUGGUGACUGAAUUUAGAAACAGUUCGAGUUUCUCACAACAUUAUAUGGUAGGCCGGAGUCGUCCCCUGAGUCUAUUCCAGCUAUUUGUCACAUGCGGUACUGAUAUUUUUAUCAGCAUGGACUAGGAUAAACAAAGUCUUAUAAAUUACUUUCUUCGCCAAUGGUUUGGUGCUUUGCUUUGUGGAACUGAUGAAAAGGAAAUGAUGUGCGAUGAAGCAAGCACGGUUGGAGAUCACAACACUGUCACAAAGAUAGCCAUAAGGUUGGAGGCUUCAAUCCACUUGUAAUUAGUAAAACUCACUUCUGUCGCAUGUUCUAUCACGUUUCAGAAACACGCCAUGCUGGAUUUCUGUGUCUUCACAGAUUGUAGUGCAACAUUGAAAAGCGAGGAAACAAAAAGAAAUUUCUCAUUUAUGUAUGGUAGGAAAACAGCACUCAAGGUGAAAAACUGUACACAGAAAUUGAUUAACUUAUUUAAUGUUUAUUGCUCGACUGGCAGCAUAAAAUUGCAGAUCUAUCUAUGCCAGUUGUACAAAGUCGAUAUUGACGUACCGCAUAAAAUUUCUCUUGCACAAGACAUUACAAAUGCUCAACUGGGCAUGAAAACCUUGCUUUCUUCUGAUAUUGAAGUUAUUGCUAUGUCACAAGAAAGUUGGACGAAACUUGAUGAAUUUGCCGACAUUGAAUUACCAGAAUACCAAGAGAGUGCACGACAAAAGCUAGACAAACAUAUCGACAACUUCCUUUCGAAAAUGAAGAGAAUACAGACUGCCACACUGCUGUACAGGUUUGCAAACGGUCAGAAUAUUUUUUAGAUCGAUGUAUGAGUGGCACUGAACUGAACUAUAGAAAUAUGUACCAAAUGGGGUUACGUAUGUAAACCAUUUACUGAAGUUAAGAAAGGAAACUUUGAUAUCAGAGUACAUCAGUAACAUACCAUAAAGGACGGGGUUAGACGGAGUCCCUGUUUUAAAAGCUUAGUAUAGUCAAGAUUCAAUUAGUUGACCAAGUCAAUAAAACCGAAUCAUCCACAUGUUAAUUACCUUCACUGAUGCAGUUUGCCAAUAAGAAAACAGUGUUCCUAGUGACGGACGAUCGAAAGUAUCAUUUUUCUGUCAUAACUGCAGAAUCGAGUAGGAGAGGGAUUUUUUUAGAUUUAAGGUAUUCCACGUGUGUUUCAUAAAAAGUGAAAAAGUUUAAAUGAAAAUAACGCCAAACUUUGAAGUGUUAAUUCCGUUAAAUUCAUACACUUUCUGUCUUUUUCUAGCGGUCGUUCAAUCUUGGCGAACCUGAAAGUCAGUGAAAAGCUUAAUUCGGUUUCCGGGUGUUCAUUAGAGGUGCUUUUGAUAUUUGUUGUGUCCUGUCAUAACAAAUCUUGAAUUGAGAAUGAUGUUGUUUUUAAUAUGUCAUUCUACUGUUAUGCUUAAUACAUCCAAACAUAACCACCAUAUAAGGCUAGGACUAAUGCAAAGAAAAGUAACAUAAGAAAAUAUAAUAGAUGAAAAAAAUCAGAGUUGAGGGUUUCAAUAGCACACAACUACAACAAACGUAUAAAGAGUUAGCUGCCAUGAGAUCAGUGAAUUCAUAUGAGGAGCUUGACCCGACUAAAUCAACCCACAUGUGUGUCACUGAGACUAUUUUUGGAAAAUAGGUCAUCGCCGGUUUUCCCUAAAAGGGGGGCUUUUCUGGGAGUUAUGACAUAAUCAUUUUAGUAUAUUUAACCGAAUGUCAAAGGAAAGUGCUCAGUAAUCUUUUUUUUGUUCAGUGUUCCGCAUCGUUUCCGCGGCGUUUCGAACCAGCUGUCGCUGUUGUGAGUGAUUUAAUUCUCAAAUCAUAUUUUGAAUACAAGUCCUUUCUUGAUUAUCAUAUGUUGACUGAAAUACAGUGGGGUUGAUGGAUUAUCGACGACUUUAUACACCAGGUGACUGUACUUCAAUGCAGUGCAAAAUUAAAGAAGAGUGCGAUAAAAUGAGUAUUGUUCAUGAUCACAAAGAUAAUCACAAAGUUGGUGGGCAGAAUCCUUUGGCAGUUACAAAAGGACAGUUUUGCGCCAUGUUUUAUCAUGUUGCUGAGAGAAAGAGAGAUAAAAUUUGCUUUAAAUGCCUGGAAAAGUCGGUGUGUCGGGUCGGGAAUUUAAAGAUCACGAAGCGUUUGCGCUCGAAUCCAAGAGGUCGCGCCCUAACUGUUGUAAUGUAUGUUCGGUUGAGUGACCUAAUGGGUCGCUUGAUAUUCCACGCCAGAUAUGGAAAUUGUUUCCAGGGUAAAAGGAGAGAUACAAUCCAUGCAGAGCAUUUUAUGCUUGAAGAUGAAGAGUUCAAACAAUAUGUGAAACUCUUAGGAGAUCAUAAAGGAGGAAACAUUGAGAUGUUCAUGAACAAACAGCCUUGCUUUAGAUCAACUAGAGUGAAGAGAAAGGAGUGCGCCCAAGAACUGGUCAAUUUCUACCAAUCAUUUUGCUUAUCACAUGGAAUUAAACUCACUGUAAAUCUUUGCCAGUUGUCCAGAGUUGAUGUUGACAUACAGCUCCCUUCGCCUUCUCUAAACAACGAUAUUCAGAAUGCUCGCCAAGGGAUGCAAAUGAUGAUGUCUGCUGGUAUUGAGCUCAAAGCUAUGGAUGAAGAAAGCUGGCGAAAACUUGCAGGCUAUGCAAACAUCAUAUUGCCUGAGUACAUUGAUGGUGACCGGCAAAAGUUAGAUCAACAUAUUGAGGAGUUUCUCCAGGGCAUAAAGCCGACUCCGUCAGUUCUCCAGCCUUAACCCCUGUAAGGGAGUAGUGUCAAUAAGCCGACUCUGGACCAACUCUAAAAUACCAUUUUCCGUCGUGUAUUCCAGGGUUUUUCCCCUCAUUCAUUUUAUAGAUUUAGUCCAUUUCAUUCCUGUUUAUUUCUUUCAUCCAUUUUUUGUCAUUACCCCAAAUUUGAAAGUAAGGAGUUAAAUUUUAUGACUUUAAUGUAUUUCAUUUUACUACGAAAAUUCAGACUAAUUAAAGUCGGUCACUACUUGCAUAAAUUUUAAAAAACUCAUAAAAACUAUAAAAUUAUAAAAAAAUGUGAAUAUGCCUAAGAUUUAAAAGAAUACGACAUCGGCCCUUUCGGGGCCUCAGGGAAAAAACGGGAAAAUGACGGAAAAUAGUAUUUUAGAGUUAAUCCAGAGUCGGCAUAAACACAUUCAAUAUUUUUACAUUACAAGGGAAAUCUCCUAUUGGCAAUUUUGACUUUGUUGAAUAUUUGAUGGUUUGCAGGGGUUUUGUCCCGUUUUUUAACCAGUCAAAGUGAUUGAAGAACAAGAUAGAAAAAGAGAACUAUUUUCUCAUUAAUUAGUUUAUGAUCCAGAAAAUUAGAAAACAAUAUUGACAGAGGAACAUAAGGAUAGGAAAAUAAGAAUGAAAAUACGGUGGCUUUCAUUUUAACGAUGAACAAACACAAACUGAAGAGGAUGGAAGAAAAUACAUAGAAGUUAUAGAAUAUGAAGAAAUGGAUUGAUUUGGUGAUUGUUUAGAAGAGAUAAAGGAUAAUAUUAUCUUGAUGAGCUUGAGAAAGAAAACAGAAAUUGAAAGGACUGUAAGAGAAAGAUCUUGAACUUUGAUCAUGAUGAUGAAGAAGAAGAGGAUUAAAAUAAUUCAUAAGCCCUUCGGGGCUUUUCUUUAUGCCGAUCAUGUUUUACAACUUUAUCUAACAUUGUAAUAAAAUGGCCAACGAUAAAACGAUUGUAAAUCUUGUACUUAAUUAUAACAGUAAUGAAAUUAAAAACAAAGAUGAACCUAAAAGUAGCAAAAAUACUUACGGGUAUUAAAAGGCCCUCCGGGGCCCAGUUGCCAGUGAGUCUAGUAAGAUUGUAGUAGGAAGAAAGGACACUCAAUUCACUUUUAGGGCUUCUUCAUAUGAGCCCGGUUGACAGGGCUGGCCCUGUUUCUGAGAUCUCGCCUGAGCUCUAAAACAUGCCUUUGUAAAAUUUUCGAUGUGUUCAUAUGAGAGGGACGCACGGACACGUUUAAACGAGUUCAUAUGAACUCCUAUGUACUUCGUGGGUAAACAAGAAUUAAUUCAAUUUUAAUUUUAAUGUAGGGCGGGCCAACUCGGUUCCCGAGAUCUCGGUAUAAGCGGCCGGAAAUUUUGCCAUAGGAACACUUCAUCCCGGUUACCGGGAUGAACGGUGGGAUGAAUUCUUGCGGUCCGGAUGGCAUCGUCCUGCAUUAACUGCUGUAUUUUCCACAUCAUAAGUAUCCCAUUUAACUGCAGGAGUGAUAUAGCUUGAAGAGUUACAAAAGCGAUGAUAGGCCCGAAAGUUAAAAUUUUUGUGUUUCGCCUUGUUUCCUUUGUUUCUCGAAUUUGGCGCCAGAAUUCGUCCUCAGGAUAUUUGGCCUUUUCUCAUCUCGGAAACCGCGGGCUGAAAUUUCUCAUAUGAACUCAGGGCGAAAUUAAUCCCGGUAACCGGGCUCAUGCGAAGAGGCCGUUAAUACCUUACACUUUUUAUCUUUCUUUCUAUCUUGGAAAAGUCUGAAAACCGUAUAUCCAAGAAAGUCAGUUAAAAUGCAUGAUUCGGUGUCGUGUUCAAACAUGUUCAAAGGAAGUCCUUUUAAUUAUUAUUAUGUCCUGCAAUAACAAAUCUUGUAUUGAAUGGUACUGUCAAGGAUGAGCAUGCUACUGUUAUGCUAAAAUGUCACGAAGACAUAACAACCGUAUAAGGCAAGGCCUGAUACAAAGGUAAGUAGUAUAACUGGUUACUUCAUCACACAGCCAAUCAGAAUCGAGUAUUUCAAACACGUGCUGAAUUAAUUCACUCUCGACCAAUCAGCGUCCAGGAUUUCAUGGGUUAGUACUACAUGUAAAAUCAUCACGAAAAGUCUCCCAACAUUUCCCCGUCAUGUAAGACACACGAAAAGUCACGUUUCAACCAAUUUUAUUCUGACGACAUACCUGACGUUACAAUCGGGACGUGUGUGACCUCCUAUUGACGUCACGCCAAUUUCGUUUUAAAAAGUUUAAAAAGUCAUCAAAAAAAUGGCCGGGAAAGCGGUGGUUCGGUGGCCAUCGCCGGUACUGGCUAGAAAGUUCUUGCUUGGUUGGAGCAGAGUCUGAUCAGUCGGGUGGACUCGGCUCACAGGUUCGAAUCCUGUCAAGAACAAAAUUUUUUUAUUUACAAAUCUAAUAAAAUGUCCACAUUAGAGAGAUUAAGAUUCACGUUUACGGCAUACGGCAAACGGCAAACGUCAGUUGAAAAUUUCUCAGGAUAGAAAAUAAGCAGAUAAAAACAGUCCAGAACGAUUCUUGUGGAUAAAACUGGCAUAAAACUACCUAUUUUUGUGUAGAAGCAAUAAACAAUAAACGAAAAAUAAGGGGGAAAACUUGGUCACGUGGUACAAAUUCACGUUGGCGGUUUGGCGUAAACGUGAAUCUUAAUCUCUCUAUUUUCUUGAUCGCACUCUGACCAUACUCUGUAUCCAAAAGGAUAACUGAAAAUUCUAUAGAAAACAACAGAUGGUUUUAAAGUAAACCCUAACUCUUUUGGUUCUUAAAUUAACUCCAUUCUUGUUCCAAAUGAGUGGAAAGUCUAUUUACAAAAAUAGGAAUAAGAGGUGCGAUCGCCUGGCAACACAUGUCUUCUUGUUUAGCGCUAAAAAUCGGAUAUGUAAACAAAACACACAUACACACACAUACAAAGAGUGGAGCUGAAAACUCUCUAUUUCAAUUUUGACUCACCAUUACGAAAGCGUUUUCUCCGUUCUAUCUCGAGGAAACGACUAACUAUUGAAAUCUCAGCGCUUGAGGAGCUUACAGAAUAGAGAAGAAAUAAUAGAAAUAAGUGCUGAGGGUUUCAAUAUCACACAACUAAAACAAACUUAUAGCAUUACAUUAGUCAUUACGAGCCACUGAGAACAGUCUGGAAAGGAAAUGUAACGUAUCACUUGUGUGUCGCUGAGACUAUGUUUGGAAAAAUACGUCACCGUUUUCGCGGAAACAAUGGCUUUUCUAGGAAAUAUGAAAAAUUUAUUCAUAUGUAGUCGAAUGUUUUUUUGUGUAUGUCAGUGUGUCUUGAAUCGUUCAGGCAAACCUUUCGAACCUGCUGUUAGUACAGUUUGUGGCUGGUUUGAUACUUGUACUCUCUUCAAUUUUCUCCAAUCUUUCGAAUAGUGCUGCCCGUGACCUUUUCCAAAGGGUUUGAUAAAAGUACUUCGGUCUACUCAGUAGCUGAAAAUCACGAUAGGUGAUCGAGGCGAAAUGAGCGAAAUAGCGUUGGCCAUUUCUGAUGAAGGACGACUAGCAGUUGUCAAAAGAAGUGAAAACCGAGUCGAGCUGCAUAAUGGAGCGGAUAGUAAAGAUACAACGCAGGUAAAUAUAACGACAAAACAAAAUCUUAUAAGACCACACAACGUUUGUUUUGCCCUGAACAACCACCUGCUAAUCACGGAUGUCGGUGACCGCAGUAUCAAGAUAUACAGCUUAAACAACGAAGAGCCACAACUUGUGCGUAAAAUCGUUUGCUACGAAAAGAAAGCACAAGCUAUAAUCCAGAUGGAAACUCCUGGAGGCCUUCUUUCUGCUCUUUCGUCGCCAGAUAAAUACCUGACUCCUUUUACUGUAACUGUUGGACCGAGUCCACUUUCUCAGAUUUUCGCUGUUUUUGAAAACUUAAUUUUUAUGAUUACUAUUGACUGGAAUACAGUGGAGUUGAUGGAUUAUCGACGGCUUUCCACACCGAGUGAUUGGACUUCCGUGCAAUGUAAAGUUAAAAAAGAGUGCGAUAAAACGAGUAUUGUUCAUGACCACAAAGAUAAUCACAAAGUUGGAGGGCAGAAUCCUUUGGCAGUUACAAAAGGACAGUUUUGUGCCAUGUUUUAUCACGUCACGGAGAGAAAAAGAAGCAAAAUUAAUUUCAAGUGCUUGCAAAGGAAGAAAUGCCGGGUUGGGAAGAUGGCAAAGCCGCACUCGAACCCAAGAGCCGACUACGCCGCAACUGUCGUAGUGUAUGUUCGGUUGACUGACCAAAUGCGUCGCCUGAUAUUCCACGCUAGAUAUGGGAAUUGUUUUGAAGGUGAAAGGAGAAAUACAAUUCAUGCAGAGUAUUUUAUGCUUGUAGAUGAAGAGUUCAAACAAGCUGUGAAACUCUUAGGAGAUCAGAAAGAGGGAAAAAUUGAGAUGUACAUGAACAAACAGCCUUGCUUUCGAUCAACAAGACACCACAGUAAGAUAUCUGGAGUGAAAAGAAAGGAAUGUGCACAAGACUUGGUCAAUUUCUACAAUUUUUAUUGCUUAUCACGUGGAAUUAAACUUACUAUAAAUCUUUGCCAGUUGUACAAAGUUGACAUGCGUCCUUCGCCUUCUUUUGAAGACGAUAUUCAGAAUGCUCGUCAAGGCAUGCAAAUAAUGAUGUCUGCUGGUAUCGAGCUGAAAGCUAUGACAGAAGAAAGCUGGCGACAACUUGCACGUUAUGCAGAC